UUCCAGCUUAAUUUUAGGUUAAGAUUUAAAUCUUCAAAUAUUUUAUGCAGCUAUAUUACUGCUAACAAGCUCUAUUAAGCAAGCAGUAAACAAUAUUUGUGUGUGACUUUAAUAUAUGCAUUUAUUCAGAAAUAUCGAUAGGAGAUCAACUUUACAUGAGCAUAGAUGUAUUUUCUUGAGCUGAAGUACAAAAUCAGGUUUUGUGUUUAAGGUACACAGACAAUAGAAUAGGGGGUGUUUCGUGAGGCUCCUUUUAUUGCUUAGGGUGAUAAAAGUCAAUUUAAAACACCACAGGAUUUUAUGAUGACUUCAUAAAUAAGUCAAGUAGACAAAUACCUUCAAAUAUCAGUGGUUACUGAUCAAGGGAGGAGGAAAAGAUAUUUCAUCGAAGAAAACCAGUUAUGCAACUGAUUGAAUAUUGAUUUUGGAGAUAAAUCUGAUUUUUAUGACAUGUUCUAAUGAUGUUGAUGGCAGUCAUUGAGCUAUAAUCAUUGAUAUCACAUUGUGGAGGUUACAACACACAUUACGAAUGGGUUUGAUAGAUAAGUAGGUGUCGGGGACAAAUUUGUUCUCUCAGUACUGCUGAAUCUGGCAGAUUUUUGGUUAAUUAAAUAUAAAUUGACUUUUUCUUUUUGGUGUGAAGAAGAGUGUACAGAUUUUCCUUUUAUUUUUGCUUUCACCAAUGUUUUGUCUGGGGAAGGGAACAAAAUCUGAAUGAAGUGUCUCUUGAUUGGGCCAGCAGACGGAAUGGAGUCGUCUUCUGUAAUCAAAUUCUGACUGGGAGUCUGCUCGGGAUACAGUUAAAGUGUCAAAAGGAGGAAGGUUUACUCCUACCACACAGGGAGGCACAAAUUGGAUUGGCUUUCCAUAGUGUGAGAUUUUAGCAGGUUUCUAAAAAGCUAGCUGCUUCAUAUAUAUAUGAGACUGAAGGAAUUUGCAGAGACUUGCUAGUUUGAUAUGCCUAUUGUUUGCUUACUUGAAGGAUUUAAAUGUUAAUUCUAAUUGUUCCUUGUUAAUCUCUUGUGAUCUAAACAAGAUUAUGCAACAAAAUAAUGACUCAAGGAACAGGUAGUUUUUAAUUCUGUGAAGGAUUAAUGGAAGUACGCCUUUUCUCAAUAUCAAGGGAGUAGCAGUCUCUUCAUUUAAUUUAGACAUAUUAUUGGAAAGGGAGAGAUUUUGUGAGUAAUCUUCACAGAAAGCGAUAUAAUUGAUAAUAAUUGAUUAAAAUGGACUUGAUACCUGCUCAUGAAUGUAGGUCUGUCCUUGUGGCCCCAGGUAAUAUCUCACCUGAAGUUAAUGAUUUCUCAUUAAAGGUAGAGGGAUCAUUAUGCUGGGCUGAUGAUUAGCUGUGCAAGGCAUAUAGAUCGCUUUAUUUCAGUGGAAUGCCUCAAUAUAGAUAUAUUUGGCCAGUGUAUUAGUCUGUGAAGGACAAGUUUGGCAGCGUUGGUAAAUUCUUUCCAAGCUUGUGUCGCAUGAAGACAACGUUUUUAUUAUGGAGGACAGGGAAUGAUAUAGCAUGGAAUAUUGAGAAUUUAAAUUCAUUGAGAUCUAUUGCAAAUGACCUAAAGCACAACGAUGGGUUUGUCUUUAUCGAACUCUAAGAGGCGAUCAAAUUUUUUUCUGUGACAUAGAAAAGUAAUCCUGUAUAUUGUAGUGUGGACUUUGGAGGAUAGAUGUUUACCGAACAGCUUAGGAAUUUAAAGUUGCCUCUCUUAUUCAGAAGUUUAAAGGAACUUUUUGCCGUAUUCAUGUGAGCUGUUAUUUAUUUCUUAUACCCCCAUUUGUAAAUAAAAGGGAAGACUGCCAUAUAGAAAGAUAUAUGUCAAAACACCUGAAAGUUUUGGAUGUGUUCAAGCCUAGUAUAUUGAGAUGUGUAUCGGAAGAUCCAUAUUAGGAAUUUACAGCCGAUUAAACAUGGAGAUAUGAAAUAUAGCUGUGGUUUUUACUUAUAUUCAUCAUAUUAAAGCUCAGUUGUGAUGUCUCGAUCUGUAUACUAAACAGAGUUGUUGAUAGUUUGUCUGUGCCAGAAAUGGAAACCAUGCAUGUUGAUGAAAAUUUCAAAGGUUAUUUUAUAAUAAAAUACCAGUAGUGAUUUACCCAUUUAUUGCCAAAAUGAAACUGCCAGUUUUCCUUUCACUGGUAUUUUGUCUGUGAGUCAUGGAAAUACAGAAGUUUGCCAAGAGUGUUCUACACAGGAAAACGAAAACCGAGGAUUUACGACGGACCGGCUCAUGGAAACCAAGUAAAAAAUCCACGCUGCGAUUUUUGAGUAGAACUCGCAGUGAGCCAGAGAGAGAAGAUGUGGGGAUAGAGGAGGAGGAAACGGAGAGCUGGGUGGCGACUCUGCCAGACCUACCCCCCAUGAGACCACGGUCGGCGUGGAACUUUGAAGAUGACACCGAUUCUACGACUUCCUCAGAGACCAUGACCAGCGUGUCUGAUGACGGUUCUAUAACGCCAAAAUCCUCCACCCAGCUCUACUAUACCACCCCACCCAAGGCUAACAUGGUCAGAAAUCAAGAUGAGAAGAGAUUGGAAGGUCCCGGUUCUUCGCUGUACAGAAUUCCAAGAAGACUGAGUCAGAAGGAUCGGAUCCGCGAGGAUUUGAUGCACGACAGGCAGAGAUCUGUGAGCUUAGACUGUGGGGAUGGAAGAACAAUUAAAGUUUUCAUGUCCAAUGGGGAGGGACUUGUAAUGGACGAUGCACCCGGAGGCCUACCCCACAAUAACACCGCACCUGUCCAGUUGAGGAACAUGAAUGGAAUCAAUUCUCCCAAUCGAUCAUCUAGGAUACUUACAACCACCCCAAAGAAGAGGGGAUCUACUAGUAAUUCCUCCAACAGUGAUCCCGAUAGUUUGUCUCCUAACAAAAUGUACGAUAAAAGAAAAUCGGAUAAGGACAAAAAGUCUGUUGAUGUCAGUGCUUUGUUUGAAGCAGUGGAACAACAGGACUUGGACUUGGUGAAGAAUCUCCUGGAAGUAGAUGGACUAAAUAUUAACAGUGUGAAUUCUGAGGGUCUGACCCCCCUGGAUGUAGCUGUGAUGACCAACAAUAUCCCUAUGGCCAAGAUGCUGCUGUUCAAUGGCGCCAGGGAAAGCCCAUUGUUUUUAAAAGAGGACACACGCUCCGCCCGGCUCGAUGCCUUGGUUUCUGAUGCUGAGAAGAGGGUGGUGGAUUUAUCAGCAGCUAUUCUAAAUGCCUCCUCAGGAAGCAGCUCUAUGUCCAACACACAACAAAAGGAAAAUGAGAAACAGUUAAGUCACUGGGAAUUUCGACACAAACUCCUAAAAAGAAUGAAAGCAGGAUACGACCAUGCACGUACUCCCGACCCCCCAAGCUAUGUCAGCCUCACCGUGGCGAGCAGCUCUUCCUUACUAGUCAAGUUUGAUGAACCUCUCAAUCACAAUGGCGCUGUGGUCACCCGUUAUAAAGUCGAGUGGAGCUGCUUCGAUGACUUCAUCCCACUGGCGGGGGAGGAGCUGGUGGAAGACAUGAGACACUUGGAGCACGAAAUCAAGGGCCUGGCCAAAGGCAACAAGUAUUUCAUACGGGUGGCCGCCUGCAACAUGAAGGGAUACAGUGGCUAUACGGUCGCCAAACCUGCUUAUGCUGUUCCUUCAAGUUGGAGGGACGUGGACAACUCCACUUUAUCCAGAACAGAAGGAAAGCUGAAGUUAUUAGACGAGCUCUUCUCUCAAGUAAAACAUCUGCGGCCAGCAGAUGCAUCAGAAUUAAAAGAUAAUGUCGGAGACUCUCCACUACAAAGGAAGCGAAAAAGCUUAAAAAACCUCUUUACCUCUGCUCCAAAAUUCUACAAAUCAUUAAAAAGAGGAGUGUAUCUUGCCUGUUUGUUGUACCAUGGAGACAAAGUACUUGUGACCUCUGAUGACCAACUUCCUGUCGUAGAGGUCGAUGAAAAUUUCUCCGGACCUUCAGUCAAUGCAGACUUGCACUGGCUGAUGAAGAUUUCCUGUACAUGGGACGAUGUGAAAUCACUGCGUCAAGACAUGGAGAAGAAUACUAGUGCUGGCACGAUGCACUUCAGAUACAAACUUCUACAAGCUGUCUCAGUGCUACAGGGAGCAUUAGGAAUUUAUGAUUUGGGCCAGUUCCAUUUCAAGCCGCUGAAAGACUCCAAUGGCUGCAUUGUUUUAACCACUGUGUGUAACGUGAAGGAUCCCAAGGCCGUUAUCCUGAGUUCAUCCAAGUGGGUGAGCUUCGCCAAGUUACUACGGCGAUCUUCAGGCACGGGAUCCGAACCCCAAGAAUCUCUGGAGGUCCUAGUCAGUUCUGUCUCGGAAAUGAUUUUGUAUCAUCAAGUAAGCAGCAUUCGCCUUGCGAAAGGCCUAUACCUCGGCUACCUCAAACUUCAGGCGUCUCUAGAACUCAAUCGAGUGUUGGUUCCCAAGAAAGCCCCAAAUAUUCUUCCCAACAUCAAAGUGAGAGAUUGUCCAAAUGUCUCCAGGGAGGAAUGGGAAUGGCUGCAGUCAUUGAAUGCGGAUCAACAAGUGGCUCCACCUACCCAAACACAGGAGGAAUUCCGUAAACAGCUCGCUCAAGCCACUCAAAAACUCUUUAAUAUUCUAGACAUAUCAGAGAACUUUGCUGCUAGUCACCGGAUCUACGACGUGGAGGUGAUCGAGUUCAGUAACGACGUGGCGUUUAUCCUGAUCCUGCCGCCAGUGGAGGAGGUUUGUCUGGUCCCCGGUCAGAACGACACCAUGACGGAGAAAAAGGACCUCACACUGCUCCCUGUCCAAGUCUUUGAAAUGAUUCACAUGUGCACCUACCAGACACAGCUCAUCAACAGAUACUCCAGACUGUCUUCAAUACUGGAAAUGGACCUCUGUCUUGCCCAACAAGUUCAGCGUGAGGCUUUCUCAACAGAAGAACUUGCACCUGCAAAAGAAAGAGUAGAGAAACUUUCCAACAUACAAACCACAGUGGACAAGAACUGGAAAUCCACACGGUGGAUAAUGGACAUUAUUACAUAUGCAAGAGACAAGAGUAUGCGAGGAGGCAUACUGAUGAGUGAACUAACCUCACCACCCAAAGAUGUGUUCAAUUCUGAGCUGGAGAAUCCCAGUGAAGAUGGUCUGUUUGACAACAACAACUCACAGACUGGCUGUCAGUCUGUCGCCUGUGACUCAAACGAAAUCAGUGUUGGAAAAGACAACAUCAAAAUUGCCAAAUUCUACGAUCCAAAUGAUGAAGAGCCAAAGACAAAUGGACAUGUUAAAAAAGAGACAGGUGAACCGAGUGGGCCAAACUCGGGUAUUCUACAAGUGUACGCUGCUUACGACACAGGAUUGUCUCGCGGCACUCGUGUGAGAUUACAUGUGACGGAGAAAACAACUUCAAGAGAAGUGAUCAAUCUGGUGGUGAGACAACUGAACAAAACAGUGACCCAGAAAGGGAAGACUGGUCCUCAGUACCGGGAGGACCAGUUAGACGAGUUUUGUCUGGUGGCCGUGAUUGGUGCUCGCGAGAGAAUUCUGAGGGACGACUACCAGCCUCUCCACCUUCAAAAUCCCUGGACCAAAGGACGGCUUUAUGUGCGAAUGAAAAGUAACUUGCUGGCUGCCAUUCAGCAAGGCCAUGCUACAGAAGUGUGAACUAACAGUGCUUUAUGAUGGACCUACAAUCAGUGGACACUAGCUUUACUGUCAUGUGAUCAUUCCUCUUCUGAUAAAUGGGUCAUGUUUUUCAAAAUUUAUCCAUUCCAAAACUCACAAAAAAUCAAGUCCAUUGUCAUUCAUUAAAUAAUCACUAUUCAUUGAAAUUAACUAGUCAGUACACACAUUGGGUAAAUUGUGUUUAAAUUAAUUUUUAACUAAUUUAUUAAUGCAAAUCAUUUCUCUUUUUUACCAAUGAUAUUGUAUUUUUUUCAUGGCAUGAUUUUUUUUUCUUAACUUAUAAAAUAUAUCAUACCGUUUAUCUUGAGAAUCUCUUGUGUAGGGAAAAAGAAAAAACGUCUUCCAGAAAUGGCAUGUAGAUGAUGAAAAUAUUUUCUUCUUUUUAAGCAUAUUGUGCAAUUUCCUAUUUUAAAAAUGGUGUUCAACUGAAUUUCAAAAGAAAAAAAAAGUUAGGAAUGUUAUUUAAUUUAUAAUUUUGUUUUUGUUCUUCAUUGGUGUUGUGACUACUAUUCUUAAAUGUUUAUUGUUAUAAAUAUUUAUUUUAUUUUAACAUGGUACUCAAAAAUCCUGAUCUUGACCUUUUAUAAGUAAAUCGAAAACCUAAUUUAAACAAUGUACAAAUGAAGAACACUCCAAUCCUUAAAUGAUACUAUGAAACCAAGAAACAAGAUUUUGACAAACCUUUUUUUCUGGGUCAGUUGGUCAAUCCUGUCUGUGAGGUAGAUGUGAUAAGCCUACUGUGAUAUAUUUAUUUUGUACAUCUUUUUUCUGUUGGCUUGUGUUUUGAAAACAGCUAAUAAAAACCAAGAAUAUCAAUA